UCUUACACAAGUACCCUGAAAAGGGUCCAGAUACCAUUCAUGUCGACCAGGCAAAGUUGAUUACUAAAUGCUCCAUCAUUAAAAGACACACCAAACUUUCAGAAACCUUAUUAUCUCUGCAAUAUCUCUCUUUAUUUUCAUUUCCCACUCACAUUCCAAAAUUCUCAUGAAACCAAAAAUGCAUCAUCCAUUACCCUCCCUCUCCACACUGUCAUUCACCACCACCACCACCACCACCACCACCACCACCACCACCACCACCUUAUUCCUCCUCCUCACCAUCUUCACACUCACAGACUACAAAGCCAAUGGUGCCACGUGUCUCCCCGACGAAGAAGCGGGCCUAUUGGGCUUCAAAUCGGGCAUCAAAUCCGACCCGUCCGGAAUGCUGAAGAACUGGAUACCGGGUACGGACUGCUGCAAAUGGACUGGUGUAGAAUGUCACUAUAACAGCACCCGGGUCCAAAACCUAUACCUUUCGGGUCGGUUCGACACCAAACCCGAAACCACUUUAUCGGGCACCAUCUCACCCACCCUCUCAAAACUCAAACUCCUUGUUGGACUCUACCUCUUGAACCUCAAAGAUCUUUCGGGUCCCUUCCCAACUUUCCUUUUCCAACUUCCAAAUCUCCAAUAUAUCUAUUUAGAGAACAACAAGCUCUCGGGUCGAAUACCCGAAUACAUCCACGACCUGACCCGAUUAGAUGUACUCAGUUUAACUGGUAAUCGUUUCACUGGACCCAUACCGAGUUCAAUAACCGAGUUGACUCUGCUCACUCAACUCAAACUCGGUAACAAUUUUCUCACCGGAACCAUUCCCCAAGGAAUUGCCAAGCUCGUUAAUUUAACCUUUUUGAGUCUUGAGGGAAACCAACUCGAUGGUACCAUACCGGAUUUUUUCUCGUCCUUCAAGGACCUUCGGAUUCUCAAUUUUUCUCACAACAAAUUUUCCGGGAAAAUCCCCAACUCAAUUUCCACCCUGGCACCGAAAUUGGCGUACUUGGAGCUGGGGCACAACUCACUUUCUGGGAAAAUCCCUGAUUUUCUGGGAAAGUUCAAGGCGCUGGACACGCUGGACCUAUCAUGGAACAAGUUUUCGGGAACUGUGCCUGCGAGUUUCAAGAACCUGACGAAGAUCUUCAACCUGAACCUCUCGAACAACCUCCUGGUGGACCCGUUUCCCGAGAUGAACGUGAAGGGAAUCGAAUCGUUGGACUUGUCGAACAAUAGUUUUCACCUGAGAAACAUUCCCAAGUGGGUGGCUUCGUCUCCGAUAAUAUUCUCUCUCAAGCUUGCGAAUUGCGGAAUAAAGAUGAGGCUCGAGGAUUUUAAGCCUUCGGAGACUCAGUUCUACGAUUUUAUUGAUCUUUCGGGGAAUGAAAUUUCAGGGAGUGCGAUUGGGUUGGUGAAUAGUACGGAGUAUUUGGUGGGGUUUUGGGUUUCGGGGAACAUGUUGAAGUUUGAUUUGGGGAAGUUAAGGUUUGGGGAGAGGUUUAAGUAUUUGGAUUUGUCAGGUAAUUCGGUGUUUGGGAAGGUUCCAAACAGUGUUGUUGGGCUUGAGAAGUUGGAUUUGAGUUAUAACCAUCUUUGUGGUCAGCUUCCAAAGAAUAAGUUUCCAGCUAGUGCUUUUGUCGGUAAUGAUUGUCUCUGUGGUUCUCCUUUGUAUCCCUGCAAAAAAGCCUAGUUAAUUAGCCAGCUUUACUGUUGAUUUUGUGUUUUUUUUUUAUCUGUAGGAAAUUUAUAACUCACACACCAUAUGUCAACUAAAUGAGCUAAACUAGGUGUGUUUAUGCUUGCCAUUUGGGAAUAAUAAUAGAAUUUUAGGAAAUGAGUUGUUAUUUUAAGAUAUUUUAUUUUCCUAUUUUUUACUUUAAAGUAGUAAGUUGAUUCUAACGUAGACUUGUGAUCGAUCGAGUUUGCAUGAGUUGGUUGGUGCACUGUGAGGAGAGUGCUACGAAAAGCACAGAGGUUACUGAAUACUGAUUCAAAUAAGGCUAGUUCUUUCUUCUCUUGAGAAAUAGCUCAACAUUGAUUGACUAAAGAGAAAAGAAAAUGGGAAUUAUGGCGCUCUGUACAAAUAGCUCAAUUGGACUACAUUUUCAUGUCAAUGACUGAGGUGCUGUGACUCUAAUGUUCAAUAUUUUGUCACGGUCAUUGACAGGAAUCAAAUUUAUAGUCUUGUAAGUUAAA